AUGAAUACUAGAACCGACAGACAAGACCAACUUCCUAAUGAUAGUCCACCGAAUAUUUCAGUCGUUAAUUCUUCAAUGGCUACCGAAAAUAACAGUUUAUCCCCAAGAGAAAUGCAGGCUACAUUUCCAGUGCAUGCGUUAACUACUCUUAAUUCUUUGUUGUCACGACCUCAAUGGCAAGUGCCUGUUUUACCCGAAUCACAACUGGAAAUUGUUCUGAUAGCGUCGAUUAAUAUGGCUAAAAAUGGUGAAGACAUUUUCUCAAAAGAAUGCUUACGUUUUUAUUCUGAUGGCUUGAUAAUUUCUUUUACAAAAAUAUUCCAGGACGAUGCUGUCAGUCGGUGGGAUUCUCAUGUAUUGCAUUUUAUUUAUGCCAAUGCUCUUUUAGCUAUUGAGCUAUGUUCAUUCAAGGCUAAAUCUGAUUGCACACCUAUAUUAGAACUAGAAAGCAUUCUAUUCGAUCCUCAUUCACGCUUUCAUAAACGUAGUAUUGAUUCCACCAAUGUGUCACAAGAAAUUCGUUACGGAAUUCACAAGAACGCUGUUUGCCGAUUUGACAAUAUCAUUAAGUUAUUACCACAUUUAUCAGUGAAUAAGUUAAACAUGCAAGAAUACCAGGAAGAAGUGAACUAUGAAGAAAUGAAUGAGAAUUCAUCACACCUCAAUAGUUCCACCUCUUUAAAUUUAAGAGAAUAUUCUAUUCCAUAUGUUAAUUAUGAAGAUGCACCGGUUUUGUUGGAUUUCAUCAAUUUAUUUGGAAGGCUGUCCGGUUUCGAUCGAUUGAAAUCACGUCUUAUGGCUCUAGAGAAUAACGAUGAGAAACCGCAACAACAACAGCAAAACGUAGAGGAAGACAAAAAGGAGCAAGAGCAGCAGUCAACUGAUAGGACAGAGCAUUUAUCACUCAGUUUAAUAUAUGCUUAUCUCCAACCUUUUGCAUUGUGCUGUUAUUUUCUGAAUGACACAGUGAUGGAAGAAUAUUUUCAGCCGAUAGUUAAUACAGUUCUUAACUAUUUGUCACGCAUAUCUGAUGAUCAGAUAAAGAGAGAAUCUAAAAAAGAAGCAAAAUAUGAUUUCAUCGCUGGAUUGAAAUUCAUUUUAUGUGCCCUAUUAAAGCGCAUGCCAUCAUCGAAGGAAGAAGAUAUUGAACGAGCUGAAAUAUUAUUCUAUGGUUUAAUCUAUCGUUUCUUCCAGUUGUCUUCGUUCAGUGGGAAAAUGAAUACAUUAAAUGAAUUAAUCCGUUUAUUAUCUGUAUGCGAUAAUAAUUCAUUAGGAAUUGGUCAAUGGAUUAAAGACAACAAGUUAUUAAAGUUGUUACUUGGUGAAAAUUUACAUCAACCACAAUAUGUUGAGAAAGUUGAAGAAGUUAUACGCUUUAUGAUUAGAAAAUCUUUACUCACAUCCAGUGAUUUAGACACAAUCUGGGAAUCUCAGAUUGAUAAACAUGAAACAAUAGUUAAGAAUGUAUUCAAUAUGCUGACACAUUUAGCUUUAGAAUUUUCAGUGGAUCAAUUGAAUUAUUUGUUCAAUCGUUUCAAGAAAAGUUGGAAUAAAGCUACAAAACGUCAACGUGAAUGUUUAAUCAAUUUGAUUUCAACACUAGCUGAACAAGAUAAAGAUGGUAUAAUGAUGCAAAAAAUACUUGAUCUAUUAUGGGAAUGGUCUACUAGUAUUAUUACUACUAGUUAUGCUGCUACUGAUGGUGGUGGUGGUGGUUACGUUAGUGGAAACGUACAACUCUCUUCUAGUAACAAUGAUGAUGAUGAUGACGAUAUUAUAAAUAAUAUUGCAUUAAAAGCGCAUACAAAAAUUCUUAGCUGUAGUGAUAAAUCUUUCGUUUAUCAACUUCGAAUUGGCUGGUUGGAUAAGUUGGCUAAUAUUUUAAAAAGUGGACCGAAUGAAGCAUGUUUAUUGCCAGCUGCUAAACAGUUCACGGAAAUCGCUAAUCUCUUUAAUAUGGGUACAGCGAAUAUAGUAGUCAGAAAUUUAUGUCAACAACAUCGUAUUCUACAGGCUACUGUUGAUUGUAUUAUUCAAAUAAUGUGGUCACUGCAUGAAGAACGUUUCGUGUCAAUAACUUCAUCUAACCGUUCCAUGGGCAAUGCAAUUCCAAUUCAUGCUUCUUCUCCAAAAAGAAAAAAAGUUAAUGGACAUUUGAUCAAAGUUAAAGAACUAUUGAAACUCAUUCGUUAUUUAAUAUUCCAGUGUAAUUCAUUAUUCACAAUAGAUAUGUUACAACAGAUAUGGGAUUCAAUGUUUCAACCAGUGUUUCGACCAGAUUUUGUUUUACAGAAUAAUAGUCUCUUGUCAAAGUUUCGGAAUCAUAUUGUAUUACCAGUGGAUCGUGAUAUCUGCUUCCAAUGGUUCACAUUAUUUUUUACUGAUCCUGUUUGGUUUGAAUGUCGAGAUUUUAUAUGGGAUAAUUAUACAGCCUUAAAACCAGAAUUAAUGACUUCUGCUGGCUUAGAAUUUGUGGUACAGCUGUUUUGUCGUAUUAAUUCAGACAAUACAUGUACUAUACGUGAAUUUAACAUCCCGUUAGCAACAUCAUCAUCGCCAUCAUCAAUAUCAACAGUAUUGUCAACUCUCUCAUUACCGCUAUCUGCUAGUCAUGUAGAUACUCCUGCUACUUCUGCCGUUAAACUUAUUAAUUUAGAACAGUUAUGGAACUUUAUUCUUUUUUCCAAUCGAUGUGUAUAUCGCGAAAGUAGUAGACUAUUGCUGCAACUCUAUACAAAGGCUUAUUCACGUUGUACAAAAAGCCGACAGGAGUUAUGCAGUGAUAUUAUGCGAACUUGUUACGCACAUAUUAAGACAGCCUACGAUGAGAUAUGCUCUAUUAUCAAAAAAGAGAUAAAUCUGGACGAAUCGAAAUUCAAAAAGAUUUCAGUACCUCAUUCCAAUACUAUCCCAUAUUCUAGUCGUCAUGUAAACUCUUUAUUUAAACGAAUACUUAGAAUAAUAAAACUAUUGAAAAAAUUCACAAUCACUCUGAAUAUAGAAUCAUAUAUCAUCAGUGAAAGGGAAACGUGUAUUCCUUUGAAACGCUCAUGGAUAGGAUCAUCAUUCCACUUAACAGUUACUUGUCAAGGUCUACCAAACACGUUUUAUCUUUGUCACAAUAAGAAUAAUAGAAAGGGAAAAAAUCAAAAGCAUACUUUCCUUUCUAAUGGAACCACGGUAACUGUUGCACUUAUAGUACAUGGAAAUGUAACAGUUGGUGAACUACGUGCAUUUCUAUUGGAUUUUUGUGUGAAUGGUUACCCUUCAAAUUCUCCGUCGUCAUCAUCCUCACUGUCACCAAUAACAACAACAAUUCCACUUAACUGUAAUGAUGAUAAUAAGAGUCAUUAUCGUACUAAGAAUCGUAAUGACAGUAGUGUGUUGCACCCAAAUGCUUCCCAGUAUGAAUUAGAAUUAAGUGUUCUCAAUACGGAAGAGGAGGGGGAGCAGACAAAUGGCAAUAAUUGGUUAUUAAACUGCAAUAUGGAUAACGAAUUAUUAAUUGAUCUGCUCUCAUCCUUUCCUAAGUGGACUAGACAAUUUUUAAAGCAUCAUCUUAAGAUGGAAGAUGAAGAAGAUCAUAGAGGAAAAAAAAGAAGUAACGUCAAAAGUGAUGAUGCUUCACUAAUUCACCUUCAAUUAUCAGCCAAACUAAUGUAUUCUAAUAAUAAUAAUAUCGAUGGAUUAUCAACGUCUAUAACUGACUCGCCAGUUACCUCACCUAGCUUUUUAUCAUCUGAUCAUUUUGAGUUUCAUCAUCCCGGUGAUUUCGUUACUCCAAAGUCAUCAGCUCUAAAUUCAAAUAAUAAUAUUGGAAAUGACGCUAAGUUAAAUAUUCUACAAGUUUAUCGUGAUCUUCUGUCAAAUCAUCAUCGUCACCAUCUUCAUCCUCAUGAUAAUAACAAUAAUUCUUCAGUCGAUAUUAAUGUUGAUAAUGCGUGUAACACACUAUCAGAAUUGACAAUAUUCAAUUCCAUAAUAGAUUUUGACUUACACAAAGAAGAGGAAGUAAUAGGCAAAGGAGAUGAUCAACAGCAAUCAGUUGUUGAUAAAAUUGAAAUUUACUGUGACGAUAGUUUAUUAUCAUUAUCAAAGGAUGAAUUGGAUAAAAUUGAUGACUCUAAGCUGCCUAAAUCCAUUCAGCAGGUGGAAAAUCAAAUACAGGAUGAAAUAACUUUAGAUGCCGACCGACGUAUUGAAUUCCUAUUGAAUUUGGGCAAAUUAGCCUUAACCUUAAAUUGUAUGAAUGUUUGCAAUAAUAUAAUGGCAUUGUUAAAAUGUAUGCCAUUACAUAAAAAAUUGGUUAAAUUUAUUGAAGAUAGUUUAAAUCAAUCAGUUGGUGAGAAAUUGAAAGAUAGUUGUGGCGCUAGUGAUAGUUCGGACAAUGCAUCAUCCUCUGAACCUCUCUUAUCAAACACGUGGUUUGGCAAGAUACUUACAAACCCACUGAAUGAGUCAAUCGAAGUUUUCACCUCUGCAGCCAAUGAAUAUCCAAUUAUGAUAUGUCAAAAUACGCCAAAUUAUAUUGAGAUAUUGUAUACCCUGCAAGUAUUAUAUUGUGUAUUAAUGCCAAGUAGUGCAGUGAAACAUUAUCACUUUUCUAGUCAUCUACAUACAGUCAACACUACAAAUACCACGACUGCUACUACUAUUGAUACUGUGCCUACUCCUACUAAACUUAUGCACGCAGACAAUAAUCUCGGUUUCUCUACGGAUUUGAACAGCAGUGAUGGUAUUAACUGUAAUAAUAUAACCGAUUACACUGGAACUACAUUCCUUAGGGAUGAUUUUCACAAUCAAUUUCCUAAUUGGUCUAAUGCUGUUAACGUUACAUUGCUUCUGCUACGCGGUGGUGCACUUAGCCUUCUGCUUUCUUCACCACUUUUAACAUCAGUUUGUGACUGCUCUUCCUCCAAUUGUACAAAUGAUGAAGAAUUCAGCCGCCAUAUUAUCUGUGAUACCUUAGAAACAAUUGACAAAUCUUCAUUUCACCAAGACCAUAUUAACAGAUCCUCCUUCGUAAAUGCUCACACGUUUUUUUCUGCUUCUGUGAAUUCAAUAGAUGAAAGUAUUUUUGUAUGUGAAAGAAACACACGAAAGCAUUGGAGAUUGAUUUAUCAAAUACGCAUGUGGUUGUUUCGACUACUGCGUUUAUUGCUCAUCAGCAUAGCUAAUAGUCUUAUACUACACUAUAGUUUGAGUUCUUCAUCUAAUAAUUGUAAAAUAUUAAGUUUAUUUCAAAAAACACCACUGUAUCAUUUACUGUCCUCAUCAUUACUCCCGCUGUCGUCAUCUUCCGGUGUCACUAUCGACACUGAUGAUUCCCACUACCAUCAGAAUAAGCUUUCUUGUACAUACUCUCUUCCUGUACAGUAUUUAUCACCUGAUGCUAGUACUACUUCUACUCACGAUGAUGAUAAUGUCAAACAGGAGAGAGACAUUGAGUAUAUUUGUAAAUUACUACAAAAUACACAUCAAUUAUCAAGCAAUACAAGUCACCCAGUAUUCAAUGGCAGUUAUUUCAUUCUAUUACAUGCUAUUUAUGUGGCACGAUUAACAAUAAAAUCUGACAUAUCUUUGAGUGAAAUAGAAACUUCUUGGUUGAAGAAUAUCUCUUCCGGUUUAAAAAUUUUAUGCUUCAAUGCUUGGCAAGCUAAAUUUGGCUGUGAAAACAUGAACCAUUAUUAUCAUUAUCCUCCUAUAAAUAAAGAAAAGAUCUUUAAUCAAGUCAACAGUGUCGCUAGUCAAUUUAAUCCAAGUACUAUGGUAACUACUGAAACUGUAGUCGAUACUAUUCACCUUGAUGAUGAAUCUAGUUUAACAAAGCAGAUAGAUCGAACAGAGUGUUGUGAAAUUCCUUCACUUGACAAAGAAAUACCUUCUUUAGAGGUUAAAACUGAGUCAUUUAUUGAUGCUGCUAAUGAACAACAGGAAUUAUCACCUUCACCUUCUUUAACCUCAACAUCAUCAUCAUCAUCAUCGUCCGUUUCUUCAAUCCGUUGUCUACACUCAAUAACAUCGCCAUCUGCUUCCUCGUCGACUUCUUCAUCCUCAUCGAAUUCCUCUUCCCGUUCUUACUCUUCUUUGGGUAGUGAAAAUCAUUCCAGUAGCACUAGUAGUAGUAGGAGGAGGAGCAACAACAGCACCACAAGUGAAAAUGGUGGAAUUCAGUCAAAAUUAUUAUAUCAUAACUUUCAAAAGGAAUAUUUCAAUUCACUGCAAAGUGGUGAAAUAGUAGGCUCAGUUACAAUGGAAGCACUAAAUUGUAUUCCAUGGUAUGAGUGUUUAUAUUCACAUGAUAAAUUAUGUAACCUUUUAAAAUAUCCUUUACCGUGUAAGAAAUUAGUCAAUCCAUCACAGGGUAAUUUAUCAAUUGGUCAACAUCACCAGGAGCAGAAGCAGCGUGAUAAUGAUCCUUCUCAUCGAAGUCAUCAUCAUCAGCAUAGUCAUUAUCGUCGUCAUCAUCAUUGUGAUGAUCAGUAUCAUCUCUUUGCAUCUUCUUCGACCUCUCAAUUCGUCCAUGCUUCCGAUCAGUUAACUAUUGGUGUAAAUAUUUUACAAGACUUAUUAUUUUCUGAAUCAUUAUUUAUACGUCUGUCUACAAAAGACUUUAUUCAUAUAUCGCUGACAUCAUGCCUUGCAAGCAAAAAGAAUGAAAACGAUAUAUACUUUAUGCUAGAAGAAAUGUUUCAUUGGUUACCUGAGUAUGUUCCAUCGAAGAUUCAUCUGUCUGAUCAAUAUUUUCAUCUGUUUGUCCUGCUAAUUCCACUUAUGUCUAAUCAUAAGGAAUUCUUACAAAGUGCACGCAAUUGGUUAACAGAAGAAAUGAUAUGGCUUCGAGCUGCUAUUUAUGAUCGUCAAACGGGUGAUUAUAGUUCAUUUGGAGAACAGACUACACCACCUGACCCUGGUGUUCCAACUGUCAAUGCUGACUGUACUGCUCUUACUUCUACUAUUACCACUCUGCUUCCGGAAUCGUAUUCCCCAAUGUUAUCGAGGAAACCGACAUGUUUUAAAUCGUGCAAUUCAGAUUCACUGAAGUAUUUUCAUUGCAUGCCUGUAAAGCAUAAAGAUAUCCUACUGUGUGGUCAUUUACAAUUAUGUAUUGCUCUAUUCAAAUGUCUCUUUAAUUCCUCGAAUUCAACAUUCCAAUCACAACAAAUGAGGCAUGAAGGUGAGAUCAAGACAAAUGUAGAUAACAUAUCAUCAACAGUGAAAACCAGAGUACACAGUUCUGAUAGUGACGUGGAAAUAAUCGAUGUGAAUGACAGUAGUACCAAUUGUGUUGUCGAUACCAAUCACAAAAGUGCUGAAGAUACUGUUGUCAACCAUCAAAACAGUGAUUUGUCAGCAGCAACAACAACAACAGCCCGUGUAUUGAAUCAAACAUGUUUAGUUAAAGACAUGCUUGAGCUUUUGAUAUUUCCUGCAUCUAGAUGGUUUGCUCAGUUGCAUGAAGGUGAACAAUGGUCGGAAUUGAGUAAUAAAGAUCAAGGGAUAAAUAAUACUCAUGACCACGUUGAUGGUACUACAGAAGCAGCAUCAUUUCAUCCUAAAUCAUUGCCUAGCAUAUUGUGUUCACGAAAACUGUUAAAUUACUCAUUUUCGUUUCUUCUAUCUAUGGCCUAUUGUGAUCCAUCUAUUAGUCAACUGCUGGCUUCCAGGCUAUAUGAUAUAAUGUUUUGUGUUACUGGAAAACCUGUAAACUCCAAUUUGGACUGUAAUCUAGCACCAAAUACCCCGAAUUCAGUAUCAGCAUUGUCGUCGUCAUCAUCACCAUCAACGUUGUUAUCAGUAUUCAAAGAUGAAAAUGAUUUUUACACCUGGAUUAUAAACAACGCUAACUGUAAUACUGAUACACUGAGAUUUGUUGGCUUAAAAAAUGGUGGUGCCACGUGUUAUAUGAACUCAAUUAUACAACAAUUAUUCACAUUGGAACCAAUUCGCGAUUGUGUAUUGAGUGCGAAUCCAGAAUGUUUAUUGCGUGAAUGUAAUAAACCGAUGGAUGAUACAUUGUUGUCUACAAUUAUCAGUAGUAAGAGUACUAAUAGUGAUGGUGGUGAUUCUGUCCAACGGAGUAGUCUGAACAAUGAAACUACAAUACACACAGAUGAUUUGUGCAAACGACAGGCUAAAUUAAAACCUUUAAGUCGUGAGAAAAUACAUCAUCUGAAUGUAUUAUAUCAUAUGCAAACUAUAUUUGGACAUUUAGCCUACAGUCGUGUGAAAUAUUAUGCUCCGGUGGAAUUCUGGCGUAAUUUUAAAUUUCGUUCAGAAACUGUGCAGGUUGGAGAACAACAUGAUGCGGUGGAAUUUUUUCAUAUCCUUGGUAAUAAUUUAGACGAAGCCUUGGAAUUGUGUCAGUUACCCAAGAUUGUUGAAGUUAUAUUGGGUGGUAAAUUCGCUGAUCAGAAAAUAUGCCUAGAUUGUCCACAUCGAUACACAAGUUAUGAGUCGUUUACAACGCUCAAUGUUGACAUAUUGGAUCAUAGAAACCUAGUUGACUCACUUGAACAAUAUGUGAAAGGUGAGCUACUAGAAGGGGACAAUGCGUAUCAUUGUUGUGUAUGCGACAAAAAGAUACCAAUAUUAAAACGUAUGUGCAUUCAAAAGCUCCCCUUAGUUUUGGCGAUCCAGUUGAAACGGUUUGAUUAUGAUUGGGAACAAGGUGUUUCACUAAAGUUCAAUAAUUAUUGUGAAUUUCCACGUCAGUUGGAUAUGCUACCGUAUACUGUUCAAGGUUUAAAAGAUUCAAUGAACGCAUCUAAUGAUGAUGAGACAAAUAUUAGCAGUAGUGAAGUUGUCUCAGGUGCUGCUAGUGGUCUUUCAACAACUGAUACCUGUAAUAAUGCGAACCAUAACACUGAAGUAAUACAACCUCAAGAAAAACGAAAUGCCAGUGAAGAAGAUGGUGAUAACAAUGAGAAUCCGUGUACAAAAUACAAUCUACGUGGUGUUGUUGUUCACAGUGGUCAAGCAUCAUCGGGACAUUAUUACUCCUAUAUACGACACUAUGUGCCUAAAACACGAACGUAUAAAUGGUAUAGAUAUGAAGAUCAUAAUGUUUUCCCAGUUCCUUUAGAUAAACAUGAAGAGGCCGUCAGUCAGUGGUUUGGUGGUGAAUUGAAACAGACAUUAAAUGAUGUGCCUAAAUUUUCACGUUUACGUUGUGACAAACGUUGGUGGAGUGCGUACUUAUUAUUCUAUGAAAGAGAAGAUUUUAAUGAGCAAAUCAAAAAAUUACCAAUACCUAGAAUUGGCUCGGAUAGUCAUCAAUCGAAACUGCUUACUGAACGUGUAAAAGAUAUUAUUAUUUCACAAAAUAUUGAGCAUUUGCAUUAUCGUAUGCAAUUUCAUCCAUUGUUGCCAGAGUUUAUUUACCAUUUCGUCAAUAAUAAUAUUCAGCUGUUCAUGAAAGAUACUGCUACCCAAGGGAAUUUAACACCGAUUACAUUCAGAUUAUUGCUUCAUUUUAUUGAUCUACAUUAUCAAAUAGUUUUGCCGAAUUGGAAGCGUUGGUUAUUCAUAUUACUGAAGUUGGUUGCUGUCAGUACUCCAUCGACGAGAUGUGAAUUAAUUAAAUCAACCUUUUUAAAGUCACCAGAUCAAAUUAAAUUUUUACUUUUCGAUUGUCCAUAUCCGGAGAUACGAUUUAUGGUUGCCAGCCUUAUCGUCUAUAUAUGCCAUUUAUGCAUGAAUGAUCCAUCUGUACAAUACAGUGAUAUUCUAAAAGCUUUUAUUUCGCUGGCUGAUAGCCAUCCCACGAUGAAUACUGAUAGUGCGAUCCAUUAUCCUGAUAUUGUUAGAUUAGAUAAAACAAGAAGUACGCUGAAUACUUCAACGACUGGUCUGUCUCAUAUACCAAGGCCUACAAUUAAUGGAAAAAGCAUAUCAUCAUCGUCAGUUGGAGAAAAUUCUACCAUUGAUUGUGUUGCACGCAUAUUCUCAGCUACUUGUUUCAUUAAUCGUUUUCUAGCUGCUUCUACUUCUCCCGCUCCCACUCCUCAUCUUCUUCAUCAAUCUUCUACAUUGAAUGACAAUAAUAAUAAUAACGGUAAUGGUGAUAAUGAUAACUCUGAAAGUAGUGGUAGUCAGAUGUUAAUGAUCAAUCCAGGUCAUUGUUUAAUACAAUUGGUAAUUCAUCAGCUGUAUUUCUCGCCAAAUGCCCUAUUACCAUUGAAUAAAUCAUUUCAACAAUAUUAUCAUUCGUAUUGUACAACACAUUCAGUAAAUAAUAGCAAUUCUUCAUCAUCCCUGGUACCGUCAUUUCCAUCGUCAGCAACAGUAACAUCAGAAUCUUCUAUGAUAAUUACAACGACAUCACCACUGAGAUCUUUCAGUGAACAACAUCAUCAGAAGAUUGAUCCAAAUUCUUCAGCAUUCGGUCCUUGUAAUCAUCGUUAUCCAUCAAUAUGGGCAACAGCAACCUCAACGCCGGUACCGUCAACAUCCUCAUCAUCACCAUCUUCAUCGCUGUCAUCAGUAGUUUGGGCACAGUAUUUUGCUAUUUUAUUGGAUUAUGCUAGUUAUGGUAUACAAGAAUGUCAUUAUUUGUUGAAACUUCGUCUGCCUGAAAUUUUAGUGAAUUAUGUGUUAACCCAUGAAGUCUCGCUAACGAAUCUUGGUACUACCUCAAUGUAUAAUGUACCUACUUCUGCCGCAUUCUCCAUUUGGAAUCAAGAACCAUCAGCAGCAGCAGCACCCCUUAGUUUUAAUAAUAUUCAAGCAUCUAUUAAAAGUGUAUUCAAUGAACUGUUGAACGAGAUGCAAUCAUGUGGCUGUCCAAAACUAUGUCUUUCAUAUAGCGUAGAUGCUCUUAUCUAUGGAAUUUUUUCUUCAUCAUUACCAUCAUUUCCUUCAAUCGUAAAUGUAUCCAACUCACAUGUCAGCUCUUUUAAUCAAUCUAAAUAUGAUCAUAACGAGAGUUUGAAUAGUUAUCAUGUUCAUAAUAGUAAUAAUAACGGUAAUCGUUCAACCUGCAGCACAGUAAUGUACUCUGGUUUAAGAAUUUUAUUCGACUUAAUUUCUUAUUUAAUCAGAUCUUGUGAAAUUCCUUCGCAAUACCUCAAUAUUACGACGACAACAGGUGGAUCAGUAGUAUCUAAAACACCUAUUUCUUCGCAUUUGUCAACAUCAUCCUCUUCUUUGUAUAUAUCCGAAACUGCUCCUUGUGUUUAUUCUUCAUCUGUAUCGCCUUCUUCUAUGAAAGAAGACAAUCAAACAUCUCAUCAUACAGGCAAUCAGCAUAAUCCUUAUUGUACAAUGUCCACACCUGUGGCUGUUCUGUCAAAUACAAUGAUACAAUUAUUUUUAUCAAAUCAUAAAGAAAGUGUAGUGAAACAAUUAACCGGUUCAUUGUUGAAUUCGAUUACACUACAGCCUAUCUCAGAUAUUCUAUUGUUUUUCUCCUAUGGAAAUUUUAAUUUUUCACGUGUUGCUCUCAGGGAAUUAGUCUAUUGUCUUUUGCAAUCGUCUGAUUUGGGGAGUGUUAUAAAGUUGAUUGAAUGCUUAUUAAGCAUACCGGAUUCACUGAAAGCAAUAAGAAUUCGUCUUUUUUUCAGUUAUUCGAAAAAUUCGAAAUUAUUUCACGUAUUGAAUUCAAAAUUCAUACGUGAAAAGAGGACUACUACAGCCUAUCAAGUCUUUUAUUUAUACCUCAAUCUGUUGUUUACACACCCUGAUGUUAUCACCUAUUUAUCGAAUGAGGUAUAUUUGCUUCGAGUACUCAGUGAGCUCAAUGCAACAGCACUGCAUAGUUUAAGAAUAGGCGCGUCGCAUAACUGGCCUGAUGAUGAUAAACAGAAAAAAAUUGAAGCAUGUGAGCAAGCUGAACAAAUUCUACUGAAUUUAAUCCCUUCAGCGGAAACAAAUUUAAAGUGUAGCUUAGUGGACCUUGUAACUUACAAACCUGGUGGUCAUAUUGAUUGUGAGAGUGAAGAAAAAGAAUUCGAUGAGGAAGAAGAUGACGAUGAUGAUGAUGACCAACGUGAAGAUGAAGAAGAUGGUGCUGAUGCUGACGACGAAGGCGGGAAUGAUUCCUUUUUGACUAAAUCUCUACAUCCUCUUGCGUCAUCAUCAUUAUCAUUUUUAGAUGACGAUGUUCACGAUAUACACUUUGAUGAAUACAUCAUUAAUGAUGAUAAUACUAAUAACAAUUAUAGGAACCUGAAUAAUGCUCAUGUUACCACUGCCACUAGUAGUACUAAUAGUACUGUUAGCAGUGGUACUAGUACACUUAUUGGUACUACACAUUUAGAUGCAGAACAAUGUGUGAAUAGAAAUGACUGCAAUAACAGUAUGGGGAUUGAUGUGUGUAUUACUGCUGACCCUCUUUUUACUACUAUUACUACUACUACAAAUAGUGUUACUACUACUUCACAUAGCAGUAGUAGUGGUAGUGAUGAUAGUAUUAGUGGUAGUGGUAGUAUUACAGGUAAUUAUUAUAAUACUAAUCAAAUAUCUGAACAGCAACAACGACAACAACAAAUAUCAUCAUCAUCGUCGUCGUAUGUAGAAUUUAUUCAAGAAGAAGAUAACACUGCUCAUUCUAACUGA